GAUGACCCUAGCCUAGGUGAAUAGGUCAGACUUUUAAGAUGGCUGCUGCUACAACGGAGAGUGUAGUUCCGCUGAAAAAGUUGUUCGAUUUCGUCGUCCGCUGCAUGACAGCAGUGGGUACUAAACCGAGUCACGCAGAACCAUUAGCUAAUGUGUUGGUUGCAGCCGACAAUCGUGGACAUUACAGCCAUGGUUUGAAUAGACUUGACAUGUAUGUGAAAGAUAUCAAGACGGGAAUGACUGUCAGUGAUCAGGAGCCGGAAAUACUCAAGGAAACCGCUGCUACGGCGUUUGUCGAUGGAAAGAAUGUGCUGGGCCCAGUGGUUGGAAAGUUCUGCAUGGAAAUAGCUAUACGAAAAGCGAAAGAGUCAGGCAUUGGCUGGGUGGUCGCCUGUGGAUCAAAUCAUUUUGGAAUAGCAGGCUGGUACUCUAUGAUGGCACUUGAGGAAGGUUUUCUGGGAAUGGCAUUCACCAAUACGUCUCCAUUUAUGGUGCCUACCAGGGCUAAAAAGCCUGCACUUGGGACCAACCCAAUAACACUUGCUGCACCCGCUAAGAAUGGGGACAGCUUUGUAUUGGACAUGGCAACAACAUCUGUAGCUUUAGGAAAAGUUGAAAUAAGUGACAGAAAAGGGGAGACAAUUCCACCAACCUGGGGUGUUGAUGAAAAUGGAAAGACUUGUCAAGAGCCAGCCAGGGUGGUAUCGAAGGGUGGUCUGUACCCACUUGGAGGUCCAGAAGAGUGUGGUGGUUACAAAGGAUAUGGCCUGGGCAUGAUGGUCGAGGUGUUUUGUGGCAUUCUCGGAGGCAGUGCAUUCGGACCCAAUGUAAGGAAAUGGAAGUCAUCGACAGAACCAGCAAAUCUUGGACAGUGUUUUGUUGCUAUAGAUCCGAAUGCAUUCGCACCAGGUUUUGCAGACAGAAUGAAUGACCUUAUGACUCACUGUAGAAACAUGGAAGCAUCAGAAGGUGAGACGGAAGUGCUAGUCCCAGGAGACCCAGAGAGGAAACAUAUGGACAAAUGCGAGAAACUAGGGGGAAUACCUUACCACCCAAACCAGAUCAAAUACGCUAAUGAUCUGGCAGCAGAAUUGAAAGUUGAACCAAUGGAAACACUAAAGAAAUAGACAUACUUGGCAGUUUUUGUCAGUAGUCCGUACUAUGAGAAAAUGGACAAUGAAAUCCAAUGUAAACUGACACCUAUAUAAUACUGUGAUGAAACAUCAAGAAAAUGUAUCUGAUUUACAAGUGCCUUAUUUUAUCAUAAAUUUAUUUGUCAUAUAAUGACCAAUAUAUAUCCCAGGCAUUAAUUACACAAUGCUAAAUUUUAAAUGUUAUAUAGAAAUUAAUGAAUGAAUAAUGUUCUUGAUCACUUGGAAAGGUCUGACUGGCCGAACAUCCCAGUCUGAUGUAAUUUUCAAAACUAUACACACAGAAAUUAAUCAAGCGCACCCUGAAAUAAUAAAGAAUACUGAGUUACUCUGUAAUAAAAGUACAAGUUGUACUUGAUUUAUCCCAUAAAUAAUUUUGGUGUUUAUUGGGUGUGGUUUAUUUUUAUUUGGUCGGGUACCAUAUUGUUAUAUAUAUAUAUAUUUACAGUGAAACCUGUCUAAAUAGGAUCACAUUGGGGACCGGGACCUAAUGUUAUCUUGUUUAGACAGGAUUGGAUGUUUAGAGGGUUGCAUUUCCAAAUUUAGAAAAUUUUGGACCAUGAAACCUGCCCAGUUUUAACAGGAUUCUGGUUUCUUCUGGGUCUGUUUUAGUCAGGCUUCACUGUAUAUUUGUUUUUAUAUGCCCAUCUGUGAUGUGUUGUAUUAUGGUAUGGUGUUGUCCGUCCGUCCGUACAUACGUCUGUCAACGUUUUCUUGUCCGGAACACAUCUUGCAUACAGAUGCAUACAGGACCAUCAAAACUCACUUGGGAUGGGGGGUGGGGGGUGUCGCAUACCAUUACUAGGUCACUGUGACCUACGUUUCACGGUCUACUGCACAUAACAGUAAAUC